UGCUUCACUGCUGCUGUCUUGGGAUGGGUGGGACACAAUAACUCACACUUCACGACCACUGGACAUUCAUUCGAUCCACUCCGGAGACGAGCCAGUGAAGAAAAACAUAUCUUAAUAUGUUGCUGAUAGUGCUCGUCUUGUGUCUGUGUCCAGUAUUUCAAUGCCAAAUUGAGGCUUCUGAAUUUCCAGAGGAUGUGGACCUUGAAGACUACAUGAUUUCUGACAUGGAUUUAAAUGCCGCUCCUCAUAGAGUACCGCGGCAGGUGAAAACGCUACUAACCAAGGAAACUAAACCUCACAUUCAGGAGCUGUCAGUCCAGACCACCAUCAUCUCGCACUAUGCCUUCACAGCGGUGUCCUGCAGCAUGCUCAACAGACACUCUGCUGCAGCUCAAGGGAUCUUUCAGUUCCACAUCCCUUCUUCUGCAUACAUCUCCAACUUUAGCAUGAUUGUGGGAGGACGAGUCUUUCCCAGUCAGGUAAAGCCUAAAGAGAAGAAGAUGAAGAAGGAAGGGGGAGAAACCAAUGGCAAACCGAAGAUGAGGGACUCACCAGAACAGAGUGAGGGUGAAAUGGAGGUGUUUCGCAUGGAGGUCACUAUUCCAGGACGUAACCGUGCCAUGUUCUUCCUGACCUACGAAGAGCUUCUGGAGAGGCGAUUGGGCCGUUAUGAACAUGUGACCAGUGUUAGGCCCAUGCAAUUGGUCAGCAAACUCAGUGUGGGCGUUACCAUUGUGGAGCACUCCCGCAUCACUUACCUAGAAGUCUUACCCUUACGGAAUGGCAAAACUUCAGCUUCCAAUGGCAACGGGAAGGCAGAUGGUAAUGUAGGACCACCAGUUUCCACAUUAGUUAAACAAAAUGAAACCUUCUGCAAGAUCAGCUUCACUCCCAACAUUGCCCAGCAGGCCAAGAUUGUUACCAAUGGAAUGCUGGGAGAUUUUGUGGUGCACUAUGAUGUAGAGAGAGAAAUGGGCAUCGGGAAUAUACAGGUGCUCGAUGGACAUUUUGUGCACUAUUUUGCCCCUAAAGACUUGCCUGUAGUGCCUAAGAAUGUUGUAUUUGUAAUUGAUUCCAGCGCUUCAAUGCUUGGGACUAAAAUCAAGCAGACCAAAGAGGCUUUGUUCACAAUCCUACGUGAGCUGCGACCCAACGAUCACUUCAAUUUUGUCUCUUUUUCCAAUCGCAUCCGUGUAUGGCAGCCAGGCAAACUAGUGCCAGUCACACCCAACAAUAUACGUGAUGCCAAGAAGUUCAUCUACCUGAUCUCACCCACUGGGGGCACUGACAUCAACAGUGCCAUUCAGACAGGCUCGAAAUUGCUGAGUGACUACCUAUCCAGCACAGAAGAGGCCCAUCACAACAGUGUGUCACUCAUCAUCUUCCUGACGGAUGGGCGGCCCACGGUAGGUGUUGUGCAGAGUCAAGCCAUCCUUGGUAACACCAAAGCAGCAGUCCAGGAGAACUUCUGCCUCUUCACCAUUGGGAUGGGUGAUGAUGUGGACUACAGGCUGCUGGAAAGGAUGUCCCUGGAGAACUGUGGAACCAUGAGGAGGAUCCCAGAGGACACUGAUGCUAAAAAUAUGCUCAAAGGGUUCUACGAUGAGAUUGGCACACCACUGUUAUCUGAUAUCCGGGUGGAAUACUCAGAGGAUGCUGUGGAAUACAUCACUCAGAACCUUUUCUCUAACUACUUCAAUGGCUCAGAGCUUGUCGUGGCGGGAAAGCUGACCAAUCGCAGCUCAGACUCUCUACAUGUUCAGGUGACCGCUAGCAACAGUGAGCGAAGCAUCUUGCUAGAGAAAGACGUGUCUUUACGGGAACGUGAGCGGGAAACGGAAAGGCAGCUAAUUGAAGCAGAAGCGGGACCGAAUGCGGACGGUUAUGUGGAGCGACUGUGGGGAUAUCUGAGCGUUAAAGAUGGACUUAAGGGACGACUUCGCAGCCAGACAAGCAGAGAGCGAGAAAACUACACGCACCACGCUACGAAUAUUUCUUUAAUGUACAACUUCCUAACGCCGCUUACACAAAUGGUCAUGGAGAAACCACAAGUGCUUGCCAAUGGAACUUUAGCAGAAGCAGUAUCCACAGAAGCCCUGCCCGCCAAAGCUCCACCCUCUAUUGAAUCAUUCAAUCAGCUAUCGGAAGAUGACAACAACCUAGUACCCCAGAACCUCAUCAGAAAUGGACAACCGAAAGCGAGUUCUGCAGUUGCUAAGGAAACAAGUGUCACACGCAAGCCUGCAAAAAAGUCUAUCACCCUAUCCAAAACAUCCGCUGAUGGAGAUCCUCAUUUUGUGGUGGACCUCCCCAACAGUAAACUGACAGUAUGUUUCAACAUCAAUGGAGAGCCAGGACACAUCCUCAGACUGGUGACUGACCAUAAACACUCAGGUGUGACUGUUAAUGGUGCACUGAUUGGUGCUCCAGCCCCAACUGGCAGUCAUAAAGAACAGAGGACAUAUUUCAGCACAAUAACUAUAAUAGCUGAUAAGCCUAAUCGCUCUUACAUUGAGGUGACCCCACAAAAGAUUGUACUGAAUGGCCGUGACCGGAUGAUUCUUCCUUCCAGCUCCAGUAUUUCAGUUGAAACUACAAACCUGGCUGUGGUAUUAAUUGCUAACACCAACCUGACAGUAACCAUCCAAGGGACCAUCAAAUUUAUCAUCCUAUUCCACUAUUACAAAAAUCCAGCCCCCUAUCAGCGAAAUCACCUGGGCUUCUACAUUGCUAACAGCAAAGGGCUAAGCAAGAAUACACACGGUUUGUUAGGUCAAUUCCUGUAUGAGGACAUUGGAUUGACACAACUUCCUGGAAACUUCAGCAUUGGUGUAGAAAACAGCACACAGAAAACACUAGGGAAAAAUGUCAUGCUACCCAGUUACCCUGCUCUGAAGGUGAAGAAUCGAACCGUCACUGUUAUAAAAAAGAGUCGACGACUCUACUCAGGAAAGCAGACAGUAGACUGCUGGUUCGCCAAGAACAAUGCGGCUAAACUGAUUGACGGACAGUACAAUGAUUAUGUCGUGUCGCAUCUGUUUGACACAGGGGACUGGGCUAAUGGAACCAACACACACUGAGACACACACAUCAACACACUGUAUGCACAGUAUAUGAUUCCAUUGGUCUGAAGAGUCAAAAAAUAUAUAUAUAUAUUCCCUAGCCAUAAACAUUUUGGAAAACCAUAACACACAAUAUGCAGUAUUUGAAUUAUAUAAUUUAUAUUCAAUAAUGUGUGGACAUACUACUCUACUGUUUCAAAUGUACAAACAUGUUAGUAUAUACUGUAUAUUUUUUGUUCAUACAGUAAUAAGACUGUUUUUUGGUACUCGAUUUAUACUAAUGAAUUAAAUAUUAACAAAAAGACUGACAUUGUUUAGAUAUAGCGCACAACAGUAGGAUUACAGAAUUAAAAAUGUCAUUAAUUUUCUCCAUAGAUAAUUUGAUGUUAAUGAUAGCGUACAAACCUUUCAAAAUAGGUCGACCAUGCAUGAGCUCAGAGAUUAAGCCAUGACAUACUGUAUGCUUCUGUAGAAGCCACAAAGCAAAACUUAAUUUGUAAAAAAAGUGCUUUAUAGCCAAAUUCCCAGUGAAUCACUACACUACUCAUAAGCCUCAAGAGAGAUCAACCAAUCAGACGAGUUGCUGUUACCAUGGAACCCUCGUUCUUUGAAACUCUUGCAAGUUAUGCUGUUACCAAGGUUAGGGUUACGUUUAGGGGUAGGGAUGCAGCGAAACUCCAAAUAAACAGCAUAUGAAUUUCAAAUUUAAAUUUCACAAGACCUUGCAGAACAAAUGCUUAUUAUCAUGAUACUGUCAAGCUCAGUGCCUUCUCACUUCUAUUUAGGGUUGCCAACUGUCCUGUUUUAGCUGGAGGCAUCCAAAAUUACAACUUCCCACUCCCAUUUAGAUUGCCAACUGGCUAAAUGCUUUAGGGUGAACCCUGUUUGGUAUUGAAGGGCUCAAAAUGCUAGUGUCCUGUAUUUCAAUAGCAAAAAGUUGGCAACCCUACUCCCAUGAAACAUUGUGAAAGAAGUAUAUUACAACAUUUUCAUAUAGUCAUGUCAAACAUAUUAUAUUUUAUACUAAUAGGUAAUGACAUAAAGACAAUUGAAUAGCUUCAUACUUUUGUUUCUGAUUUAUCAUUCGCAAAGCUUCCUGGAAUGAGUAGUUAAUUUCCUUCUAAGACACAUUUUUGUUGUUGCUUAGAAUAUAAUGUUAUUGUGAUUCAUCUGGACAAUUUGUGAUUUUGUAAAUGCCUAUUUAGAAAUAGAUAAUGGGAAAUAUACUUUCAGAAACAAUUGCGUAGAAGAAGUGGGUGAUUACUGUUGCGCUCUAUUACAAAGGAUAAAAAGUGUUCAUGUUGAGCAAACAACAACAGCUCUUUUAUUGUCAGAACUAUACAAGUGUAUGUUUAGAAAUGUGGCCAAUCUGAGUUGACUGAUGCCUGAUUGCGUACAACCUGUCUGGCCCCUGUCAUCAGAGGGGGUCAAAGGGUUGCCAUCCCUUCCAGGUGUUCUUACCUGAGUGUACAUACCUCUCAAUCACUGAAGAGGUAGCCCUUUUGUACCAAAAGACUUUGUUGAAUAUGGUUAGAAUAAAGUCAGUGUGCAGGCACAUAGCUGUUGCUCUUCACAUAAAAGCUCUGGAGAUGACUAACCCUACUUAGGGCUCUUCAGACCAAACACGUUCUCUGCCUUGAGUGCUUUAUUGCUUUUUGAAAAUGGUAAGCCUAUUCCAAAAAUAAUUUUGGACACAUAUUUUCUUUAAAUGUUAUUUUACAAGUAAAUUCAUUAAGUGGCAUAUUUCUACUAGACGUUAUAAAGUAAUGUUAAUAGUUGACCUCUAUGUGUGCUGAGCAGUUAUAUACACAGUAGCUAGGUGUGUAACAGAUGUUUCACAUCGUAGCUAUUACCAUAUAGUGUAUUCAAACAUGGCUGGAAUGCUGUAUUGAUCAAGCAGCAUCCAGGACCAGAACUAUUCCAUUUAAUAAGGAAAGUUUUGUUCAAGGACAGUUUUUUGUAUUUUUUAAUUUACAUUUUUAUGCCAAGGACCCUCAAAUAUGAUGGCCUAGAGCAGCUGAUUCCCAACCCUAUUCCUGGAGGCACAUCAACAGUACACGCUUUUGAUGUCUCCUUAAUCUAACACACCUGAUUCAACUCAUCAGCUCGUUAGAAAAUACUCCAAGACCUGAAAUGGAUGCAUCAGAUCAGGAACAGGGUUGAGAAACACUGCCCUAGAGGGAACCCCCUUACUAUCAAGGCAGCUAUAUAUUUUCAUGAACAAAGACAACAUGUUGUUGGUAAAAUGUAUUAAUUGUCUUUUAAAUUGUCAUUGAACUAAAGCCAAAACAAUAUAUGGUACAUUCUGAGAAUAUGUAAUUAAUCUUAUGGUAACCUCUUCAACUCUGCGGAACCAUUGGUGGGUUCAAAAGGGGGCACUAUUUCACGAAAAAUGUUUACAAGUAAAAUGUUCAUGUCUCUGAAUGCCUAAGUCAGGCAUAUGGGGUAUCGUUUGAAAGCUUAGAUUCUGAACUUUUUAAAGAUAAACAUCAUUUCUGCAAUUUAUGUUACAUAAAAUAACAAAAUAAGGCCUGAAAUCAUUUGCGUUGCAAAUCAGCGCCACCUAGAGGUCAUGUGGUGGAAAUAUUGAAAUGAAAAUAAGUCUUUCAAAAGCACUUAAAUAGACAAAUUAUAUAUCCAAUGAAAGCUCUCAUUCUCGGAAAUAUGACUGUACAGUUUAUUCUGUUGCCCUAAUACCACAGUUUGAAAGAUUUUUCAAAGAAUCACAAAGUGAAAUAUGAUAUUUGUGAGACAACAAAUAUAAAUGUCUCUAUUAUGCACUGAUCACUGCUGCUGUAAGCCCCAAAUAGAUAAAAACUUGUUCAGAUGCUCUAGUGGUCCAAUUUUUUAAAAAGCCUUUAUUAAAUCAUGGUUAUUGGAUUAAAACAUACCACAAACCGAUGUACACCCAAGUAGCACUCCUUGCAUGCUAUGUUUGACUGAGAAAAAACUUUAUAUCUGCUUUUAUCAAAGCCAGUUUUCUAAAACAAAUUAGCUUGCUUGUGUAAAUAAUCCAAUGUUGUACCUUAGAUGUCCAGAACAGUCCAGCAGGAAAUGCAUGCUAAACAAAUCAACAAGAAAUAUGUUAUCGACUAUUGAUUAUAUAAUGUUAUACAUCAUUGCAAAGGGGAGGAUGCUUUCUCAGCUUUCUAAUGACACCUAGAUUUAGCUUCUAGUCCACUCAGAGGCCAAGAUAUUCAAUGAAUCAAUCAGGGUGGUGCAUGAACUGAAAAAUAUACUGAAUGUCUAUGGUCGAGCACAUCUGUGAGGGCUAAAAUGUGUAACAGCACCACCUUCAUUCAUAUCGGCAGGACAAAUUCUUUUUUUUCUAGUAUUUGCUAUCAUCUAGUAAACUAAAAUAAGGACUUUGUAGGGAGAUAGUAUGAACAGAACCAGAUUUACAUGCUUACAAAUUUAGGACUUUAAAAAAAAAUAGAUAUUCAUCAUAAGAUUGUAAAAAUAUGGAAUAGUAUUAAUGAAUAUUGGAGUCUUUUUUUUAUUAUUUGUGGGAUUUUCUGAAAAAAUGUGUCAAUUGUUUUUGCAAUUAGUCUACAGUAUGUGUAAAUGUGAAUUUGAGUGUGAAAAAUUGCAGGCAGCAGCCCAGGAAGAGGAAUGAGUUAUUAUUAAAAAAAAAAAAAAUUAUCUUUGUUUUUUCUUUUUUAAAUUUUUCCCCAGACCUAAGUUUGAAAACUCAAUUUGACAGGACUUUUUCAUAACAAUUAGGAUUUUCACAUUUUGAAUU